CUCCCCGGGGCUUGCAGUGCGACGAGUCAGUCGUCGGCGAACAGCUGUGCGCGAAAGAUAAACGAGACAGCGACACGGCGAGAAACCGAAACACAAAGAUCCGUCGUGUUGGACGAUUCUGAAGCCCUCGCCGAGGUGUUGUGUGCACACUCGCGCGGCGCGUCGACCUGCUGCCUACUGCUGAUGCGUCUGGGGGUGGUUCAUCAUCCUCCAGAGCAUCGGCUUCGUGUCGUUCAACCGUCGCUUCUUUUCUUCUGUGUUUUUUGUUGUGCUGUCAAGCCAAACGUCUUUUUGUCUCCAAAUUAAUCAGGUGAAUGAUCACUUUUAGUAAUUAACGAGUUCUGGAGCAAAAGUAAACAUGGAGGACGCUCAUUGCAAAACAGCAGACGAAGUUACAAACUAUUUCAAUGUUGAUCCUGAAAAAGGUCUUUCGCCAGACCAGGUGAAAAGGAAUCAGGAAAAAUAUGGUCUCAAUGAACUGCCAGCUGAGGAGGGAAAAUCCAUCUGGCAACUUGUACUGGAACAAUUCGAUGACCUCUUAGUUAAGAUUCUUUUACUAGCUGCUAUUAUUUCUUUUGUACUAGCCUUAUUUGAGGAGCACGAAGAUGCGUUCACAGCAUUCGUCGAACCGUUCGUCAUCCUGCUUAUUCUCAUCGCGAACGCGGUGGUUGGUGUGUGGCAGGAGCGCAAUGCCGAGUCAGCCAUCGAAGCGCUGAAAGAGUAUGAGCCCGAGAUGGGUAAGGUCGUGCGUGGCGACAAAUCCGGUGUGCAACGGAUCAGAGCCAAGGAGAUCGUACCCGGUGACAUCGUUGAGGUGUCCGUCGGUGACAAGAUCCCCGCUGACAUCCGUCUCACCAAAAUCUUUUCGACCACCCUCAGGAUCGAUCAAUCUAUCCUUACCGGUGAAUCUGUCUCUGUUAUCAAGCACACCGACCCCGUGCCCGACCCACGUGCUGUCAACCAGGACAAGAAGAAUAUUCUGUUCUCUGGUACGAACGUAGCCGCGGGUAAAGCUCGUGGUGUUGUAAUUGGCACUGGUCUCAAUACCGCUAUCGGUAAGAUCCGUACUGAGAUGUCGGAAACCGAGGAGAUCAAGACACCCCUGCAGCAGAAAUUGGACGAGUUUGGCGAACAACUUUCCAAAGUCAUUUCCAUCAUCUGUGUCGCCGUAUGGGCUAUCAAUAUUGGCCAUUUCAAUGACCCAGCUCACGGUGGCUCCUGGAUCAAGGGUGCCAUCUACUACUUCAAGAUCGCCGUCGCUCUGGCCGUCGCUGCCAUUCCUGAGGGUCUGCCAGCCGUCAUUACCACCUGUCUUGCUCUUGGUACGAGACGUAUGGCUAAGAAGAACGCUAUUGUCAGAUCGUUGCCAUCGGUAGAGACCCUUGGUUGUACCUCAGUUAUCUGCUCUGACAAGACCGGUACAUUGACCACCAACCAGAUGUCAGUCAGCAGGAUGUUCGUGUUCGAAAGGAUCGAGGGCAAUGACAGCGCGUUCCACGAGUUCGAGAUCACCGGCUCCACCUACGAGCCAAUUGGUGAUGUAUUCCUCAAGGGACAGAAAGUUCGCGGAGCCGAGUACGAGACGCUCCACGAGCUUGGCACUAUCUGCAUCAUGUGCAACGACUCGGCCAUUGACUUCAACGAAUUCAAGCAGGCCUUUGAGAAGGUCGGCGAAGCUACCGAAACCGCUCUUAUCGUUCUUGCUGAAAAAAUCAAUCCCUACGGAGUGUCUAAAACUGGCCUCGACCGCCGUACCACAGCUAUCGCUGUCAGACAAGACAUGGAAUCCAAGUGGAAGAAGGAAUUCACUCUUGAGUUUUCGCGUGAUCGUAAAUCUAUGUCAUCGUACUGCGUACCUCUCAAGCCAACCAAGAUUGGAACUGGUCCCAAGCUCUUCGUCAAGGGUGCCCCAGAGGGUGUACUCGACAGGUGUACACAUGCUCGUAUCGGCUCGCAGAAAUUCCCUUUGACAACUGUUCUGAAGAACCGCAUCCUCGACCUCACUCGCCAGUACGGUACUGGUCGCGAUACACUCCGUUGCCUGGCUCUUGCCACGGCCGAUCACCCAAUGAAGCCCGACGACAUGGAUCUAGGAGACUCUACCAAAUUCUACCUGUACGAAAAGGACCUUACUUUCGUGGGCGUCGUCGGUAUGUUGGACCCACCACGUAAGGAAGUCUUCGACUCUAUCGUUCAGUGCCGUGCUGCUGGUAUCCGUGUAAUCGUCAUUACUGGCGACAACAAGGCUACCGCUGAAGCUAUCUGCAGAAGAAUCGGCGUCUUUGGCGAAGAUGAAGAUACCACUGGCAAAUCUUACUCUGGUCGCGAGUUCGAUGACCUGUCCAUCUCGGAACAAAGAGCCGCUUGCGCUAGGGCUAGAUUGUUUUCGCGUGUCGAGCCUGCCCACAAAUCCAAGAUUGUUGAGUACUUGCAAAGCAUGAAUGAGAUCUCUGCUAUGACUGGUGACGGUGUCAAUGAUGCACCAGCUCUAAAGAAGGCCGAAAUUGGUAUUGCCAUGGGCUCUGGUACCGCUGUAGCUAAGUCUGCUGCCGAGAUGGUGUUAGCCGACGACAAUUUCUCAUCUAUCGUCGCUGCUGUUGAAGAGGGCCGUGCCAUUUACAACAACAUGAAACAAUUCAUCCGUUACCUCAUCUCUUCCAACAUUGGUGAAGUCGUCAGUAUUUUCUUGACUGCUGCCCUUGGUCUUCCUGAGGCUUUGAUCCCUGUUCAGCUUUUGUGGGUUAACUUGGUCACUGAUGGUCUUCCAGCUACUGCUUUGGGUUUUAAUCCUCCUGACUUGGACAUCAUGCAAAAGCCACCACGUAAAGCGGACGAGUCUCUGAUUUCUGGAUGGCUUUUCUUCCGUUACUUGGCUAUUGGUGGAUACGUCGGCGCUGCUACCGUUGGAUCUGCUGCCUGGUGGUUCCUCUACAGUCCUAAUGGACCUCAAAUGAACUACUACCAGCUAACUCAUCACUUGGCUUGCAUCGGAGGAGGAGAAGAAUUCAAAGGGCUUGACUGCAAGGUUUUCAAUGACCCUCACCCUAUGACCAUGGCUUUAUCUGUUCUUGUCACCAUUGAAAUGUUGAACGCUAUGAACAGCUUGUCUGAGAACCAAUCGCUCAUCACCAUGCCACCAUGGUCCAACUUGUGGCUCAUUGGUUCAAUGGCACUUUCUUUCACACUCCACUUCGUCAUUCUCCACGUAGAUGUUCUUUCGUCCGUAUUCCAAGUGACUCCCUUGACUGCGGAAGAGUGGGUUACUGUAAUGAAGUUUUCGAUUCCAGUGGUACUUCUUGACGAAACCUUGAAGUUCACUGCCAGAAAGAUCGCUGACGUGCCAGCCCAAGUGAAGCCGAUGCAGUAAAGGAAGCAGCCCAAGCGUCGGUGUCCCAAUCCUACUCCGACUCGACAAAAAUCAAAAGCAAAAAUAAUUUAUUGAGGCAGAAGCUGCGCAGAGAAUAAGAAAAAACCUAAUAAUAAAGCAAAAGAGAGAGAACGAGAUACACGCUCGAGGCAAAAGAAAAGAUAAAAAAAAUUGUGCACGUGUGUGAAAUGAGACGAUUGCGACGACUGCGAGAAUGACGGGAGAAUGAGCGAGAGAUUGAGAUGUGCGAGAGCAAUGCUGCUCGCUCGUCAAUUCUAGUAGCCUAGUCCCUCCCGCCCCGAAAACCCCUCCCCCUCGUUUUAUUGACUUUUUUCUUUUGUACCCAAUCCUUACAAAUAGGCUGUGCACUGGGAGCGAGAGAGAAAGAGAGUAUACGUGUGUGUGCGUGAGAGAGAGGUAGAUGAAGAAAGAGUCCCCGAGCUUUCAACAUUAUCAUUUUUUUGUGUGUCGAAUGGCGAGCUUAGCGGCGAACGUAAUAUAGAUAUAUGUAAAAUAUGACAUUGUUGGGAAAUUUGCCGGGUAAGUUCGCCUCGAACUCGGGACUCGGAUUGUGUUUGAUCUGCGAACCCUCGCAGUGCACGGGACAAUUAUUAUUAUUAUUUUUUUCUUUGGUUGAUAUUGAUGACGAUUGGUUUCAAUAUAUAUUCGCGAUAGGUAUGCCAAAAAAGUGCCUUGUAGAACUGAAGUUUCCAACGCACACACGAACUUUAGGGAAAAAGGCCUCAUUGACUAUUAUAUAUCAGUGAUUGUUGUUUUGUUGGAAAUUUUUAUGUUUGCGGUGUCCAUAUUUUAAAAGGCACUGCUUGUAGGCAACGCGGCCUUGUUUUUUGAUCGCGAUACUUUCUUUCUUUCUUUUUUCAAAAAAAAAUAUCUCGUAAGUUCGGAUGAGAAAAACGUAGAAAAUACGUUCGCGACUAGGAUCUGUUGUUUUUUUUCGACGCUCCGCGAGCAUACUAUAAAUAGAGAACAAGUCGGCGUGCGACUUAAUGUUUUAAUCAUGUAAAAUAGUUACACACAUAUAUAUAUACAUAUAUAUAUAUGUGCGAGGCUAGAGUAUAUAGCUCUUUUGUUUAUACUCUUUGGAUGAGAAAACGUUUUGAAAAGUAUAUCCACGAGAACAUCGAACACGCAAAAAAUAUUUGGCAAAACAUUGGACUGUGAAGAACUUUAGCGAUAAUAGCAGAAAACAUUGUAAAGCAUCAGUUUGAUUUUUAAACUGUGUAAAUAAAUAAGUGAGAGUAAAAAUAUACGGACGAAAAAACGAAAGAAAAUAGAAUUAACUUUCGAACUCCCUCAGUGAGGCCUUUUACCAAGGUAAAUUUCCUAAAUGAUGCUCAAGUGUAGGUGUGGCCCUGCAAAGUGUCCUUAUGUCGAGACACGUUGGUGUGCCCUUCUAAGGUGCAAAGCAAAAGUAGCUGAGCAAGCCCUAAGGAUUACGGAGUUGCAGUGCGCGAACGAAUGGAAGCAGAGAAGACAAUAGCGCCUAUCCUCUGUCGAUGUGCUUGCGACCCAGUACCUUCCCCAGGCCAAGUAGAUGUGUGUCCCUUGGCGAGCUCGCCUCUGCCAAUCUGACUCCCGUCUAAUUGUUGUUGCAGUGGGCGACGAGGUGCACCAGUGGAGCUAAAGCAAAGCAAAACCGAACCAAUCACGAACGAAUAACGCGCCGAUCAGAGACAGAGAGACAAACUUUGAGGGCCUCGCACCUCCGGAGCCGCGGCUACGAUUAUAGAUAGAGAAAGAGAGAGAGAGAGAGUUACGUGACUAAAGCUACUGUUAUCAAUCGUAUAACGACCCGUGGCUGCUAUAUACCCGAACAGCGAGACUCACACCUAACCGUCGAUGAUUUUUCAGAAAAGGAUAAAACAAGAAAGUAAUCAAUUUUAACAAAUUCUAAUCCAUAUACCCUUUUAUAUAGUCUAUUUAUCUUUGCCAAAUAAAUAAGACGCAUGACAGUCAAAUCAUUUUUAAUACUUCGUACAUUAAACGAGUUAAUGUUUAUAUAUAGAAAAAUUUUUAAGGGAUACACUUUUCAUUGGCUUUUAUCAGUAGUUGGAAUAAUUGUACAUAUCAACAUAUAAAUACGAUGUAUAAAUAACUUUUUCUCCAGACUAACAAGUAUGGAAUCCCCCGUAUUGCGGGUGUACUUAACAGUUCAAAAACCUCUUAUCACACUAAUCCAUUUUUGUUCUAUUUAACUAUCUGGGUAACAUUACCUGCAAUGAUUCACCUUUACCUAUAAAAUUAAUAUCCUCUCCGAACUUGUUCGAUUUACUUCAAAAUAAUUCCUUUUAAUUCCCCCCUUUGCUCUCUCUUUUUCUUUUCUUUUUUUCGUUUAUUGGAUAAUACCAAUUUAUUACAUAUUUUUCAAGUAGUCAUUUUUACUAUUCAAGCCCUGAUACAUAUUUUAUUUAGGUCUCUCCAACUCGAUAUUUUUAUAUAUAUUAAUCGAACCGAUUACUAUUGAUCUUCAUUAUUUUUAUUAUCUAAUAAAAUCUAUUGACCAUGAAAAAUUAAUGUUACAUUUGAGAAAUAAUAAAGUGCAAGGCGAACUUUUC